GCUUCAAAAUGGCCGACGUGUUUUGAUGGAAUGGAUACAGAUAGAGUAGGAUCUGCAUUUUUUAUCAUUUAGGUGAAGAAUUAUCCACCUUUAUCCGUACAAACAUGUCGAUGAUAGCCAAGAACAGAACUAAAAGUACCUGGACGCCAUUGAGCAACGAUGAAACGAAUAACAAGAUAUUUGAAGAGAGAAGAAUUCUAGUGGGAAAAUGGUAUGAAAGAUGGAGCGAUGACCAGCGCCGGCGCCUGCUGGAGGAUUUGGUUGCGAAAAGCAAGAACAGGCAGUUAGACUAUGCCAGGGAUCUCAUCAAGGAGAAGGUCCCAGCAUUGAGAAAAGACUUCACACGAGUCAUGCCAAGAGUGGUCUCCCUUUAUGUUAUGUCCUACCUUGACCCACGAAGUCUUUGCAGGUGUUCAAGGGUGUGUUGGUAUUGGAAGUACCUGUCAGAGCUGGAUCAACUGUGGAUGCCGAAGUGUCUUCGACUGGGUUGGUUCCUCUCCUUCACACCCAGCCCCUUUGAAAACGGGGUAUGGAAGAGGAAUUACCUGGAGCACAUCAAAAGUCUGCAGGUCCUACGUCCAUCAGAGCGGCCUUAUAUCGACCUGGAGAAACUCAAUCUGCACUCCAAGCGGGAUGACAAAAACAGACAUUCCAAGAAAACGAAGCCAUGGCGUGGAUCUGACCCUGUGCCGAAGGAUACAUGGAGAUACAAUGUGUUGGAGAAUGAUGAUGUGGUGCAGGAUGUCGGUCACAAGAGGAAGAAAAAGACAUACCCAGGAGAUGACUGCAUGAAGAAUGUCAAGAGUAAAGUGAACACACACCAGAAUCUCUCCCUCACUAGGAGAUCCCAGUCCAUGUCUAGACUCCAUACCUCAGUGACCUCCAUGACGUCCCCUGACCGCCCGAAGUGGGCAGUGCACACAACAGGUGCUCCACUGAUGAACCGUGAUUCUACACUGCAUAAUGGCAUUGCAUCAACAAUAACCAGGCCACAGCCAGUUGGCGGUCAACCCAAGACCCCCAAGUCUUUUCGUCCCAUCAGGUCCGAGAGAGACCCACCAAGUACAGACUUGUUUCCCAGUAAACCGUGGAAGCUGCUGGAUGGGAACGUCUCUGAUGACAACUGAAGGCUGUCCUGAAUGCCAGGAGCUUUCCUGGCCACACAUUCCAGUAGAAGGUUGAUGUUGUGUGUUGUAUACUGCAACACGCCAGGUCACUUGAUGUAGUCACUGACCACAGCUGGAUAACAUUCGGAUGACCUACUGCCUUAUAGAAAAAUUACAAUCUGUUUGUUCUUUUGUAAAAUACAAAUUUUGUAAAUAUAUUUUAGGCCAAUUUGUACUUUGUGUACACAUUUGUGGAUUUUGAGGAAUAUUUAUGUAUGUUCUGUGUCAUGUUAACCUGUGUCCAAUCUGUUCCUCCCUGAAUUAUAGUUGAAGCGUUAGUUGUUGCUCUACUGAAGUGGAAACAUAGUUUGCGAGGCAAAGUCUUCAUGUCCCUUCGAGAGUCUGAUGUGGUCUGUAUAAUCCAUUGCAGCACUUUCAGAUGAUGUGAAUAUAUUUACUGUACGUUUUUACAUGUUGUCUCCGAUUCAACAUGUUCAUUCCGUCCAUUGCGAGCAGCAUGAGAAAAGUCAUCACUGUAGGAGGACCUCUCUGUCCGCUUGAAACUGUCGAUGGCUGGUGCACUAAUGUAGUGUACUGAUAUGGUGUACUGAAGUAGUGUACUGAUGUAGUGUCCACAGCUGGUACGUUCGGCAUUAGGUUGUUAAGCUUCUACUCAGUGUUGUAGAAGUGCAUCUGUAUGUGUGAUAUUGUUAGCUGAAGAUCAUGAUACAAAAUCAGUUUAUUUAUUUUAUGAUUGGAUAAUUUAUAUAUAUUUACAUACUUGGUAGUUUUUGUCAACUAUUUCAUUGCAUAUAUUCAAUUCUAUGGAUAUUUACAUUUCUACACAUUUUAAACUUGUGUACUCAUAAGCAUAUGUGGAUUUAGCAGAAAUGAUUUUGUAAGUUAGAGCUGUGAGCACAUCCUGAAUUACCCAAGUCUUGUAUGGCAGUUGUCUGGCACCAUGUGAUACUGUGCUGCAAGGUGUGAUGUCAGGUAUAGUGUGCACUGCUUGAUACCAGUGGUAUUGAUAUUCAUGGUAUUUGACUUUGAUAUCAUUGGUAUUUGACUGUUAUCAGAAGUAUUGCAUGGUGUGCUAUCAUUGAUAUUGGACUUCAUGACAUCUUGAGCAGCAUUUGUCUUUGUGACAAGACAAAUGUAUUAAACUAUUAAACUGGAUACGCUCUGAUGUCAGUUGUUUUCCACUGUGAUACAAGUUUGUUGUACUCUGUUUUCUGUCAUGUCACUCAAACAGAAUGUGCCUUUGUAAAAUCAAGCAUCAAGAUCAACAACAGCAAUAACUUGAAUAAAGUGCAUUUAUGUGA